UAGAAAUAAAUGGCAACACUUCCAUCUAUGAAUUGAAAAUAUUGAAGUUUUUCGAAUGUGCUUUAUAUUGUAAAUUGAUAUUUUUGUGUUUUAAUGUUGCAUGUUUCAGUUUUUGAGACGUAUAUUUAAAGAGCCCAUAAAUAUACUAUUUCCCACAAUAUUGCUUCGAACAGCCUUAGGACAAACGGAGUAAAGAGUUAAGAUGUCUUCGCCCAUCAGUUCCUCGUCCGAGUACAACAGCGCUUUGGAUCAAACCUUCAAUUCAACGCUCAGCCCCGAGAAUUUUGACCUUUCGCUAACGGAUUCCGAUAUUGAAAACGUAAACUUAUCUCGAGAAUGGAAUGAGCUACUGAAACCUGAACAAAAAGGAAAAAACAAUGAUUGCGAAUCCUCCCAACUACUGAUAAAUAGUUUGCGGAAUAACAAUGUUCGCCAGGACCAAAACCAGAUGCCACUUAAGAGCCCGUCCAAAUCAUUGAAUGGGGAUUCGUCGCUCCAGUUGGAUAGCACAAUUAGUUUGGAUUUCAGUGGUAUCAGUACAGCAACCGAGGGUAGCUCUACCUUAUCCGUGAUUUCCAGCUCCGAUGAUUCUGUAUCUCUCCCGGUGAGUAGCGAUGCUGAUCCCCAGUCUACGCAACCCAACGUGUCCAUGAUCAGCAUCGAAAAGGAAGACGAUGAAAGUCCGACAACUCGUGAUUCGAAAGACACAACACACAAUGUUUCACUGCUUCCGGUUGAUGAUGAUCAGUUAACGGAAUCGGGCACAAGUCAACCGGAAACUUCAAAGGAGGUGAUCAAAAUCUACAACAGCAUAGAAGAGUUCGAUGCCAAUCUACCGGAAACGGUUAACCUACUAACUACCCCUGAGGGCUGCAAAGUUUAUCUUGUGGGAACGGCGCAUUUCAGCGAAAAGUCCCAAAAUGACGUCUCGCUUGUAAUGCGCAAUGUGAAACCUAACGUGGUCAUGCUUGAGCUGUGUCCAUCACGAGUACAUAUCCUAAAGUAUGACGAACGUACCUUACUAGAGGAAGCUAAAGAUAUUAAUCUGGCGAAAAUUCAAAACAUAAUCAAAACCAAUGGAGUAGUGAAUGGAAUGUUGUAUAUUUUGCUGCUCAACAUGAGUGCCAAAAUCACUAAGAAACUGGGAAUGGCCCCGGGUGGAGAAUUUCGCCAGGCGGUUAAGGAAGCUUAUCACCUUCCACAAUGCCUGAUUCAGCUUGGCGAUCGACAAAUAAACAUCACCUUGCAGCGCGCUCUCAGGGGUUUAUCGCUGUGGCAAACAGUAAAGCUGGUCCCGAAGCUACUCUUCAUGGACGAUGACAUUACGGUCGAGGAGAUGGAGCAGUGCAAGAAAAAGGAUCUAUUGGAAGAGAUCAUGCUCGAAAUUGCCGGCGAGUUUCCCGCUUUUGGACGAGUUUUUGUUCAAGAACGGGACCUGUAUCUGUGUCAUUCACUGCAAGUUGCCGCGUUACCACAACAAUUGCAAGAUGGUAGCAUUAGACCGGUUAAUGUGGUUGGUGUAGUAGGGAUUGGCCAUGCCGAAGGAAUCAUCAAAAAUUGGGGCAAGGUGGAAAGUUCGACCGUGGCCUCGAUCGUCACUAUUCCCCCGGCCAGUUUCAGCCAUCGAGCUGUAAAAUUCAUUUUCAAAUAUGGAACACUUGGGCUGUGUGCUUACGGUGUGUUCCGGAUCGUGCGCCCAAGGCUUUCAAGAUUUUUAUGAUCAAUUGUAUAUUUACUGGUGCUUGAAGACUAUUGAUGCAUCAUGAACGAGAAUAUUCGGUUACAUACGACGAAAGCUCGACGCCUAUCAGUUUACGGCAUUCCGAAACGAAUUUAAGAUAAUUAUGCAAAUCAAAAUGUUGUAACAUUUAUAUAUUUUAUCAAUUUACUAUAACGAUAGGAAAGAAUAAAGUGAUUACGCAGAAAAUAAGCUUCGAAUCUUUAUUUGAUACACCUGUUCAU